AUGGCUGAUCUAAGCAAUUAUACAAUAUCAAAAGAUACUCCCAUUAACAAGUUAGACUGUACUAAGGCGUUCUUGGGACUCAGUGAUAAGGAGAAACUGUAUGCUCAUCACUUGGGUCAGGCAGGAUGGGAAGGUGCUCUCAUCUGUUUAGCACAAACCUCACCAGAGUCUCCGGGAAUAUUUCUUCUUUUACAACAACUGUUUAGUGGACAAAAUCUGUCAUCAUUGAGAGAGAUUGCUACCAAUGGGUGUGGUCUGUCCAACGACGAUUAUAAUUCAUUCUUAAUGUAUGCUGCAGCAUUUUACAGUAACCUUGGCAACUAUAAGAGUUUUGGUGAUACAAAGUUUAUUCCUGAUCUUCCAUGUGAUAAGCUCCAUGCUCUUAUCCUUGGAAGUGAGGCUUAUAAAAAAGAUGAAGCUACUGUAAAUAAAUUAUGGAAGUCUGUUUGUGAACGAAUGUACAGUCUUGAACCAGCUGAAAGACAAAUGGGUUUUCCACCAGAGGGACUAACAACUUAUUAUUCUGGUAACUGCACAAAAGAUGAUGCUCAGUUUAUUAAUGAUUUCAUGUUAGAGAAAAACCUUAGCCCCUAUAAUACACGAGUAUUAAAAGAAACUGAAUCAGGAGAAGUAGAGUAUGAACUAAGAUUAGCUUCAUCAAUAAUAUCAGCUGAUCCUAUUAAUGACUCUGACUGUAUUGCUAGUCUACUUGGACGACAUCAAUUCCGUGAUGUUAAUGUGGUCAUUCAGAGAGGAGAUUAUUCACCUUUAAUGUCUCGUGUAAUUAGAGAACUCGCUCUAGCUAAAACUUAUGCUGCUAAUACCAAUGAAACUAACAUGUUAGAACAUUAUAUUCUAAGCUUCUCCACUGGAUCUGUGGAAGAACACAAGGAAGGCUCUCGAUAUUGGAUUAAAAAUAAAGGACCUGUUGUGGAAACAUAUAUUGGGUUUAUUGAGAGUUAUCGUGACCCUUUUGGUGUUAGAGGAGAAUACGAGGGAUUUGUCGCUGUUGUCAAUAAAACAAUGAGUGCCAAGUUCUCUCAGUUGGUAGAGUCUGCUGAGCAACUCCUUCCUCUUCUUCCCUGGCCCAAAGAGUUUGAGAAGGACACUUUUUUUCUUCGCCCUGACUUUACUUCUUUGGAUGUGCUAGCAUAUGGUUGUAGUGGUAUACCUGCUGGUAUUAACAUACCUAAUUAUGAUGAUAUUCGUCAAAAUGAAGGGUUUAAAAAUGUAUCUCUGGGAAAUGUCCUCUCAGCAGCUGCUCAAGAUAAGAGGGUCUCUUUUAUAGCCCCUGAAGAUCAGGAGCUGUUUGUGAAGCUAAGAUCAGAAGCAUUUGAAGUUCAAGUAGGUCUUCAUGAGUUACUAGGUCAUGGAUCAGGAAAACUGUUCAUGUAGGAGGAAAAUGGUGAAUUUAAUUUUGAUAUAUCAUCUAUUAAGAACCCUAUCACUGGAGACAAAAUUACCAGCUGGUAUAAAGCUGGUGAUACAUGGGAUACCAAAUUUAGUGUCAUGGCUUCAUCUUAUGAGGAAUGUCGUGCAGAAUGUGUUGGUAUAUAUCUCUGUACUAAUAGAGAUAUACUACGUAUAUUUGGUCAUGAGGGAAAAGAAGCUGAUGAUAUUAUUUACAUUAAUUGGUUAAAUAUGGUGAGGGCGGGGCUUAUGGGACUUGAGUUCUAUACUCCAGAGACUCAGAAAUGGCGUCAAGCUCAUAUGCAAGGCCGUUAUGUAAUAAUGCGUGUCUUAAUGGAAUGUGUCACACCUCUUUUUAGUAUUAGUUACACUGGUUCUGAUGGCAAGCCAGAUCUUGUAAUUCAAUUUGACAGGUCAAAACUAGAGACUGUAGGUCAACCUGCCAUUGGAGAAUUCCUGAAGAAACUCCAAGUCUACAAGUCUCUUGCUGAUGUGGUAUCUGGUCAACAGUUAUAUAACUCUUAUUCCACUGCCCCUCAACAUUUAGCUCUCCGAGACAUUGUCAUGGCUAGAAAGUUACCUCGUCGAAUGUUUGUACAACCUCAUACAUUCCUAGAUAGCAAUGGACAAGUCACUCUAUCAGAGUUUGAUGAUACAGCUGAGGGGAUUAUCUCCUCAUUUAUGGCUCGUUAUCCGAUUUAUGAUAAAGAUGUUGAGAGUAUAUGGUUGAAGGACAUUGACUACUGGAAAUAA